AUGUCUGGCUGCCGCCCCCAGGUACUCCCACCCCUUCUCGAUGCCGCAACGGCUGCCAAAUGUGCUGUCACCUUUGGAGCACUGGACACGGCAUCUGCUGCCACUAUCAUCAAACAAAUUGAGUCACAGUUCUAUGACACUUGGGACAAUCUCAUCGCCACCCAGGUUGACCAGGCCGCCAGCGCCAACAAGCAAUGCGGCCAGGAACACUCGAAAAUUACCAAAGGCUCUAUGGUGAUGCUCUCCACCUACCACUGCUGCCACGAGUACGUCUCCGGUGAUGAAGACCGCGUGGCGAAGUUCUUCUCCCACUUUGAUAGCCCUUAUGGCAUUGUAACCGCACACCCCGAGUAG